AUGACCCGGCUGCUCUCGGUGCUGCUCUCGGUGCUGCUGUCCGUCCCCGUGUCCCACGCUGCCAUCAGUUGUGGCAUCCAGAAAGCCAGCUUCGUAGAAGACUCUGAGGAGGGUUUGGUGAGAGAAAAGGAGUUCCCGUGGGUGGUGUCCCUGCAGGAUCCCCAGCACACCCACCUGGCUUUCGGCAGCAUCCUCAGUGAGUUCUGGAUCCUCAGCAUCGCGUCCGCCUUUCAGCACAGGCCAUCCGUCGUCGCUGUGGUUGGCAUAGCCAGCAUGGAUGCCAGAGUGAUCGCCCACGAAGAGUAUCCAGUCAGCACCAUCAUCCUCCACGAGGACUUCGACAGGGACACAAUGACCAAUAACUUGGCCCUCCUGAAGACAGACACGGCGAUGCAGUUAAACGACCUGGUCGGACCCAUCUGUCCCCUCACCAGAAAGCUGCGCGCGCCGCUGGCCUUGAGGAACUGCUGGGUGGCAGGAUGGAAUCCCACGUUUGCAACAGGGAAUCGCAUGACGAUGAGUAUCCUAAGGAGGAUCUCUGUGAAAGACAUCGACCAGUGUCCCUUGCAAAAAUUCCAGAAAACAGGAUGUGGCCAUCAUGUAGCGGAGGAGACGAAUGAUGUCUGCUUGGGGGACCCAGGAAACCCCUUCAUGUGCCAGCUACCGAAGUCAGACCUAUGGGUGCUGAGAGGAAUCCUGUCCCAAGGCGGCGAGCGGUGCCCCGGCCUGUUUCUCUACAUCAAGGUGGAAGAAUACAGCGACUGGAUCUCAUCCAACACUAAGAUGGCCGGCCUACCCCUGUCUGCUGUGUACCGCUGGGAGAAUUUGGUUCCUUUCUACAGACACUCACCACACACCACCAUGACACAGAAAAAAUAUUCUAGGCUGGAUCAGGCUACAUGGACCCAAAUUCAAUUCCAGGGACAAGGAAGCACCACCGCCAUAGCUUCAGAGCCAGAAAGCAACCCUGGAAAAAGUGAAGAUGUUAGCGGAGAGGACAUGAGGGAGCUGGGCAGCUCUUCGGAGGUGGCCCUAGAGCCUGCGUACUUAGACUAUUACAGUGAGCACGCUGGGGCGGAGUCUGGGAGCUAG